AUGACAGAUCAGCCUUAUCAGCAUCAUCAGAAACACGCCGUCGCACAUAUCAGCGACUCUGAUGACGACGUGUUAUCUCCAUUUGUGUUUAAUUUUGCCAGCGAUUCUAGCGAUGCGGAAAUAUUUAAUAGGCCGCGGGGUGCUCGGCAGGUGAGCAUGGAGGAGCAAAUGAGCUGCUAUGACGCACACGGUGGGUCCUGCUCACCUCCGUCAUCGCCGUGUCCGCGCCGCAUCUAUCUAUACUCUGCGCACUUCACUGGCAGGUUUGCACUCGUCCGCUGCGACGAAAGUGAUGACGAUUUUGAUCCCGAGGACAUGGUCCCGACUGAUGUCCAGACCAUGGCAGCGCGCAUUGCGGAUGUGACAAUGCAGACUACCCCAUCACUUGAUCACAUUGUGGCCGCCCAGGUCGCGAUAGCCGCAGCGAAUGCAUCUUCGAGAAGUCACAGCAACAGCCACAGCCACAGCCACAGCCACAGCCACAGCCACAGCCACAGCCACAGCCACAGCCACAGCCACAGCCACAGCCACAGCGAGGGUGAGGGCGAGGGCGAGGGUAUUGGUUUCAGCCACUCGAGCAGCAGCAGCGAAGACAUUGGUACGGAUAGCGAAACCCAGUCUUUGGAUAUGAUGAUCAGCAAUACAUCUGAAAUGAAUGUCGACGUCGAUGGAUAUGCUGCGCCGCAGACCAUGCAGCUUGACCAGCCGCUUGCCGAUAGCGACCACGCUCUGGGCAUUGCAGCCGCCAGCAGUACACUGCGUGAGUGCGUGCUGCCUUAUCUUGGUUCAGAGACCAACUCAGAGCUUCUUGUCCAGCAGCAGCAGCAACAGCAGCAGCAGUCGGACGAGCGGGCAGCAACACCAUCCAUGCAAUCGCCUACCACACACAGAUAUGCGCCGAUCGUACCGCCACUGGCACUGUCAGUGUCGCGCCAAAACUCGUUGCAGCUGUCGCCGAUACUCGCGCUUGGUGACAGUGCAGUAUUAUCUUUGCCGCUGCACGCCGCAGGUCUGGCUAUUGAACACACAUCGCUAGUCACCACACUGCCGACACUGCCCGAGGUGCACAGCCAACCCCAAAACGGCGGGCAAGAGCUGCAGUCAAGUGGAGACCAUGAUACUUUGUCUUUGCAUGCACAGCAACCGGAUCAGAGCCGUGCUCGGGACAGCGGGCAUGUCAUUUUGCAAGAUCAUGGUUGCGUGAAGGAGAGACGUCUCGGUGAUCUGCCCACCACCAGUGUAGUUGUGGCGAGCAAUACGACCCUUGAGCAUAAUCAGGACGCUGGUCAGCAGCAGCCGAGAGCAUGCGAACACAAGCACACGCAGUCUUGCGAGUAUAGCUCUAGUGACCAAGCAUUUGCGCCGGACUGCGGCCUUCAAGCGCAUGCCUCUGUGCGCCGCAGCAGCAGUGGCAGCCUUACCACAGCAAAGGGUCUUGUCGUCAGUGACUCGAGCUGUCUAACGAGUGCAUUGGUUAUGGCUUCGGCAGCAUCCAAGCAGCCACACGCACGCGACACCAAAGAGAGUUCACAGACUGCCAAGUCUGAGCUCACAGUGGCGGCAUCGGCCGAUCCAGAGCAGCUUGUCUAUGCGUUGGGCACGGUCAAUGCUUAUCAGAAUAUCGACGACCGGCGCGCCAGCGAGCAUGCGCGCAAACCACAAGUGUGUCUUGCAGCGCAGUCGUUUGCACGUGCACAGAGCGAGGAUGCUGGUGAGGACGAGGAUAGCACUGGCAACCAGGCGUCUGCUCAGAAAAAGGUGGAUUUCCUGGCGCGAGUGUCGCCCGCAACGGCAGAUGUUUGGCAACAUGAGCCGCAUAGUUUGGAAGCCAAGCAGCAAGUGCAACAAGCUCUGCCUGCUAACCCUGCUGUGGCGGCAGAGGGGGCAAAGAAGCGACGCAUAGCCCCUUUCUUGGUGAGCACUGAGUUGACUACGCAACCGACAGGGAACCUGGUGGCCCAGCAGAACCAGCAGUUGGUGAGCAGUGCCGGCAUAUCGGCCUUGCUGUUGUCAUUGCACACAGAGGCAGAGGCAGCGGCCACAGUGCCACAGCUGGAUCCUGUUUCGGCGCGCAAUCAGCUGCAGGCUAUUUUUGUCAGCUGUGGUUCUGCUGGGUCUGAUACAAGCGCAGGCCGAGUGCUGCGCAAUGCGAGACAGCACCGCCGCGCACUCGCGUCAUUGGACUACUCAGCCGAUCAGCCGCCUUGCGCUGUGGACUUUCAAUUCGUCGCUGGCGAUACGUUUUGGUUCCGCCGCCUCGCCAGCUGCAAACUCACUAGCAGCAACACGCAGCGCGUCGAGCGGAUGACUGCGCGCGCGCGCAAGGGCGGCGGCAAGGGAAUGCAUGGGUGCGAUGCUGGCGCCGUGGAUGCGAACUCAGCCAGCGCGCGGCUCUGGCACAAUAUGCAGCGGGUCCAGGCAUGGCACUGGCAGCACGUAGCGACCGUCGAUGGCAUAGCUUACGGCGACCUUGGCUCGCAAAUCGAUGAUUCAAUUUUGGGUGUGACAGCAGCAGCAGAAGCGACAGCAGCAGCCAGCGCCAAAGACUACGGUGCCACCAAUGACGAAGACAAGGUGCUGCCGAUUUAUGGCGACUCAGAGUCAGAGGGCGAGUAUCCCGACAAUCUGCUGCGCGAGAUGGACGCCGAGCGGCGCGAUGUUGACAAACACAGGGCCAGAGCCGAAAACAUCGAGAGACAGCGCGUCGAGCUCGUCAGAAACAUUGUCCAGGAGAGGAAGACACAGUUUGAGAGCGACUGGCAGACGCGCGUGCGGCCCAAGCUCGAGGCGCUUGCGUACAAAAGCUGGAGGCGGCAUAUCGGCAGGCGCGCGCGGCUCGAGGGCGAGCUCGCCAGGCUGAGCAUACAGCGCUUGCCCAACGAAGAGAAAAGCGUAUUCGAAAGCGGCUGCUCGUCGCGGCGCGAGCUGGUCACGCUGUGCGAGGGGUUCCACUUGACCAUCAACCAGAUCGCCGAGACCAAGUGGAUGUUGCAGCUGAUUAGCUUGCCUUGUCCGCCGCACCCCAUUCGCAAGCAGCGGUGCUCAUCGCUGUCGUCCUCCGCAGUGGCAAAUCAAGCGCAGAGAUACAGCGCGCUGCUUAAAGGGCGCGGCCAGUUGCCAGAAACCAAGGGCGUUGAUAGUGGCAGUGGCAGUGGCAGUGGCAGUGGCAGUGACCGUGACAGUGCCAGUGAUAGCGACAGCGACAGCAUGGUCGGUUUUAUCGACGAUGAAGACGAUAUUAGAGUCGGCAGCAAUCCACUCAUUAACGCUCAUGGCCGCAGGAUUGGCAGCGACAUGGCCGAUGGUCCAAAUAAUGACCUUCAGUCACAGGGUCGCUCGUCACAAAAAUUGGCUCAACAGCCGGCCUCUAGAGUUGCGGCGGGCAGCUUGGCGGGCAGUUUGGCGAGCACAGAUGCGGGUGCAAGUGUGAUGUCGCCGGUACAGCAAAGGCUAAGCCAGCAGCUGCAUGGUCGCCCGCUGUCAUUGGGAGAGGCAGCGGUGGCAGAAGAGGCGGCUCUGGCAGCCGAGGAGGCGUUGCUGAUCAAAACCAAGGGCAAGGAGCUAGCAAAGUAUCGCGAGGCAGUCAGUCGGCGGUACGCUCGCAAUCGGGCCCCCACAGCCCGCAGCCAACGCUCGCGCGUAGGCUUGGACUUGGGCCCAGACCAAGGCGAAGGCAAGGCCCAAGCACACGACAACGCCAGCGUUGCUGUGGGCAAAGACACGGACGAAAAGGGCGGAGCUGCUCGACAGAGUGCUCAGCAGCCAACUGGGUCUCCUGUCGUCACAACAACUGUUGCCAUGUCGAACGAGCAGUUUGUACGCGAGCUGUGCCAGCACAGUGCCGAUGAAAUUCACGAUGCGGCGAUGUUUUUUGUCGUGCGCAUGAUGCGUGGAUUGGAGUCGCUCGCCGAUCUGGAGGCCGGGCGGCUGAGCCCAGACUGCCCCGAGCACAUGCCUGCUGUCAGCAUGCGCAUUGCGCUGCGCAUGUGGAGCGAGUUUAUGCAGUGGAUCAAUGUCCCGGGAGACCCGAUUCCGGACAACCGAGCCAUGCCAAACACCAAGACAGACUCUCGCAGUGCGAAUGAUACGGGCGAUGCGGCGCUGGUGGUAGUGACGUACCCCAGCUCCAAACAGCGCGACGAGCAAUUGGCAAUCAUCAGGUCGGAGCUGGAGCGCACGCCGCACCCGUCUGUAACAGAUGAGCAGCAGCGCCAUGAGCUUCGGCGUAUGUGCCACGACACCUCGCUGGUCGCGCGGUCGCUCAUCGAGUGCCCCUUGCCCGUGUGGCGUGUUGGCCACGCCCGCCUUAAAAGCGCCAGCGCAAAGAACACCAGAGACGCAGGUUUUGCUAGCUUUAAGCGCGUCAAGCGAACUAAUGGAUGCAGUGGCAGCGGCAGCGGCAGCAGCGAUGGCAGAAGCACCCUUUCGAUUCACAGAUGGUGCUUGCCAAAGCUAGCGCGCUUGGUACAAGAGAUCAAGGAAAUUCGCAGGGCUGCGUUUGCCGCGUUUUUCCAUUGGCGGCGCACUUGUCGCGUUGAAGCAAAGGGCGCGGAGAAGCAGCCGACGUCGCCAUUGGGCGUUGGCUCUUAUGGCACUGCUCGUUCCUAUGGCCAUGAGGGUGGCGGUGUUGGCCAGUUGGACGGUAUCAGCGCGGUCGAAGACGAUGCCGGUGUUAAUGCCGAUGCCGGUGUUAAUGCCGAUGCCGAUGCCGAUGCCGAUGCCGAUGCGCAGAGCGUUUGCGAGGACGGCGAACUGAGUGAUAGUGGCAGCCAGCCUGACAGCAAAAUUUCAGCAAACCGGAAACGCCGGCGCAGAGAAGUGCCCGUGCAUACCGAAAGCCAAGAGGUUUUGGACAUGCGGCAGCGCGAGAAGCAGGCAGUGCUAGAUCUCAAGCGGCGCGCAAAAGAGCAGGAGGCCGAUAUUGCGCGCAAGCGCAUGCGAUCCGAAGGCACUCACAACGCAGCCGCCGCUGUGCAUGCCAGCGCGGGCUUGGGCACGGCUGAUGAAGACGAGGUGCUGACUUCGGGCAUAAACCUUGUGCGUCCACCGGCGCAGUUGCUGCUCUCCCCACUGGCACGGCUGGCAUCGUUGAAGCCAUUGGCUCCGCCCAUGAUGGCGCACACAUUGACACCGCUGCCGCAAGUUGUUCCAGAUUUUGACGUCAGCACAAUCGGCACGCCCGUGCAUAUCAAUCUUGGGCACGAGGCCGAUCAGCGCGACGUGUUUGUGCCGGGGUUCAUCGGCAGCCACCUGAAGGAGCAUCAGGUCGAGGGCGUCCAGUUCAUGUGGCAGAACGUGGUCGCGCUCAGCGAUCACAACUCGGCAGCUGGCGACAGCGACAAUGGUGGCAGCAAGAGCAAGUGCGCUGCCCACAUGCCAAAGCAGCAUGGCUGCGUGCUCGCGCACUCGAUGGGCCUGGGAAAGACGCUGCAGACGGUUGCGUUCGUGUACACUUUGCUUAAUGAGAUUCUGGAGGGCAGCGCCGAUUUUGCGCACUCGACAUUUGGCACCCGCCGCGUGCUCGUGCUAUGCCCGCCUACGGUGCAGUCGAACUGGGCGGCCGAGUUUGAAAAGUGGACGGGCGUCGGCCACACGAUAUUGUCUUUGUCAAAGCCAAGGGGGCCCGUGCUACCUGCGCCGUACGACGCGGCGUCGGAUCCUGUCCAGCAGCAACGUGUCUUGCACGCAGUGCGGGUCCGGGCGCGGCGGGUCAUCACGCAGGUCGUAAGCUUUGGGGCGAUGGCCAGCAGCAAAAUGCAGAUGGCGGCGCUGAAGUCGUGGCAUGCUCAUGGCGGCGUGCUUAUAAUGGGGUACCAUGUUUUCCGGAGGCUUGUGCAGCGGGCCACCACUGCCACCGUUGCUAGCAGCGACAAGCCCGCUGAUGCAGACGGACGGUUGCCAGAUUCGGCACGGUCCAUGCCGUGGUCGGGAUUGGCGACUAGCACCAACGGUCUGGCAGCACCUACAUCGCCGAAUGGCACUUGGCAGCAGCAGAAUUUAUUGCGCAAGUAUCUGAUCGACGAGGGGCCGUGCCUGGUGAUUGCCGACGAGGGCCACUGUAUUAAAAACCCCGAGACACAACUGGCAAAGGCAGCCAACAUGCUGAAGACGCGCGCACGCAUCUGCCUGACCGGGUACCCUCUGCAGAACCGGAUCGAAGAGUACUGGACGAUGGUUGACUUUUGCUACCCGCAGUUCCUUGGCGAUCUGGCAGACUUUCGCUACCGCUACAUCAAGCCGAUCAACGAUGGCAUGUAUGUGGACGCAACUAAAGACGACAAGCGCCGCAGCAAGCUGCACAUGGGGAUGCUGCAGAAGCUGCUCGAGACGAUGGUCGACCGGCGCGACUCGGGGCUGCUAUAUCACGAGCUACCGCGCAAGGUUGAGUAUUUUAUAUCGUGCCCACUGACGCCGAUGCAAUCGCAGCUGUACAUCGAGUACCUCGCGCGUUUUGCGGGAAUCGGGCUUGGGGCCAGGGAGGGGACCAAUAUCGGGCUGUUGCAGCACGGCCACUUGCUGCUGACCAUAUGCAACCACCCGGCCGUGUUUAAAGCGUCAGUUGAAGAAAACCGCCGCCGUCGCCAGCAGCAGCAGCAGCAGCAAAGACAGAGGCAGCGGAUACAGCAGCAGGCGGAUUUGUCGGCGAUAAUAGAUGAUGUAGCGGAUAUUUCGGCCAUCGAUGAGGAAGGCAAGUGUGAUGGCGACGAGUUGACCAGCCGCAUUGCCGACGACGACGCGUGGUGCCGCGAGAUUUACGAAAGGCACUGCGGGAGAAGCCAGUCGGGCAUUGCUAUCGCGGAUGAUAUCGCGGAUGAUAUCGACAACAGCGGCGUGCAAAAUCCCGAGCACAGCACGAAAGUGCGCAUGGCGCUGCACAUCAUCCGCGAAAGCAUUGCUUGCGGUGAACGCGUGCUGGUAUUCUCGCGCAGCAUCCCGACGCUCGACUACUUGCAGCGGGCCAUCGAGCACGCAGGCAUUGCAGGCUGUGAUGGCCAGAAACAGAAAGGGCGGAUCCAGAGCACACCCAAUAAGAUGAUGCGCAUUGACGGCGCGACGCCCGUCACCCACCGGCAGAGCUUGAUCGAUGGGUUCAACGCCGACGACUCGCUGUAUCGCGUGUUCUUGAUUUCUUCGGGCACUGGGUCGAUCGGGAUCAAUCUGGUUUCGGCUAGCCGUGUUAUUCUGUUUGACAUUGGCUGGAACCCGCUGUACGACGACCAGGCAGUCGCUCGCGCGUACCGCUACGGUCAGAGGCGGCGGGUGUACGUGUAUCGGCUGCUGACCACCGGCACUUGGGAGGAUCGGCUGCUCAGCAACAACAUUUUCAAGGUUGGGCUCAUUCGGCGUGUGGUUGACAAGCAGACAAUGAACCGGCGCGUGUCGAAACAAGAUUCACAAAAGUACUUGCAGCUGCCGCCAGCGCGUCCGCCCUUGAUUACUGGCGACAAAGUUGUGAAAUUAGCGAGCGAGUACGAGGACGACUCUGUGUUUACUGGUCUACUGGCGGCGUUCAGUUCGCAGAUAUCUAGAGUGACGCCGCAAGCGACGCUGUUGGCAAACGAGGACGACCCACUGCAUCCAGAUGAUCUGGCAGCGCUGAACGCAUAUGUGCUCCGAGAGAAGCAGCGGCUUGGCCAGCUGCCGCCAUCACCGGGCGCGAAUUCAGCUGAUGCGGCGACAAUACUCAAUGGAUUGGCGAUUUUGCCACUGCUGUCACCGGCAGCACCGGCACAAACACUAACAGCAGAUUCAGCAUUGGCAGCGCUGCGCCGUGACACAGCGGCCUGCAGGGUACCAGCGGGCCACACACUGGCCAUCGGCAUCAACACUGCCAUUCAGUUCAAAUUUGGAUUCGCAGCAGCAUCAGCAGGACCGCGCAGAGCCACGGAUGAGAGCAAGGCCAGGGACUGUAUUGCCACACGGCGCCAGCAUUGUUGGUACCAGUGGAAUGCAUGCAACGCACCCGUUGCGCCCAGUCGCAGCAACAUUGGCGGUCCCGCCAUUGAUGUUCGGCGCUGCCGCAAAAUUGUCAGCGGCAGGAACAAUGGCACCAGCACAGCUGCCGGCGCUGUUAAGCGCAUGGCGCAGCCCAACAAGACAGUCAUCUCUGUUGAAAACAUGCCCGUGAUCUUUGUGAUGGCGAUGCUGCACAAAAUCUACACACGCAUUGUCAUGUUGCCAGACGUGGUUUGUGGCACGGUCAAUCACGAGGAGCUGGAGCUGCUGAAGCUGAUUAUUCUGUGGUCCGGCGAGCUCGAUAAGUAUGUCGACAAGAGCCGGGAUGGAUAUGAGCAGCGGCAGAAAAACCAAAUACACAUGGCGUCUCACUGGUUGACACGGCCAUCAGAUAUUUACAAGAUUGUGCCGAUGCUGCACCGGCAGGACGAUAGGUUUCUGACAUUGGUCAUCCAGCGAAUGGAGAGCACGAAAAGCAGUGCGACCACGGCUCAGCCAUGA